AAUUUACCCAAUGGGGCACGAGGGUGGGCGUAACCCAACUGAGGAUUGGGAUAGUGCGGUGGGGUGGGGCGGGGCCAGCGAGGCGGCUGGAGCUGCGGGACGCGAGGCUCUAGCAGAGUCCAGGGGACGGUUGCUGAGCGGGCCUCGGAGCCCCAGGUCUCUGCUUCUCCGGCCAGACCUGUCGGAUCCCGAGUGAGCAAACCCGAGCCCGCGCCGGACUGACGGGCUGGACUGAGAGAAUUCCCUGAGCUGGUUUCAGGUGCCACAGGCACUGGGGGUAUCACCAGGAGAUCACGACGGAGCUAGGAGCCAGCAACAUGGCAGACGAGGCCUUAGCUGGGCUGGAUGAGGGAGCCCUCCGGAAACUGCUAGAGGUCACAGCAGAUCUGGCAGAGCGGCGGCGCAUCCGUUCAGCCAUCCGGGAGCUGCAGCGGCAGGAGCUGGAGCGCGAGGAGGAAGCCCUGGCAUCGAAGCGCUUCCGUGCCGAGCGACAGGACAACAAGGAGAACUGGCUGCACUCUCAGCAUCGGGAAGCUGAACAGCGGGCUGCUCUCGCACGGCUGGCAGGGCAGCUGGAGUCUAUGAAUGAUGUGGAGGAGCUAACCACACUGCUGCGAAGUGCCGGCGAGUAUGAGGAGCGCAAGCUGAUCCGAGCCGCCAUCCGCCGUGUACGGGCUCAGGAGAUUGAGGCUGCCACUGUAGCUGGGAGGUUGUGCAGUGGUCGUCCCAACAACAGCUCCAGAGAGGACAGCAAGGGGCUGGCCGCACACAGGUUGGAACAAUGUGAGGUGCCGGAGCAUAAGGAACAAGAACAGCAGGCAGGAGUUCCAGAGCCAACCCCAGCUCCUGAGGAUACCAGCCAGGAUGUGACCAGAGUGACGCUCUUGCUGAGGGCCCCACCUGGGGACACACCUAGCUCAACUGCCUCACCUGACAAUUCACCCAGCACUGCUUCUCCUGAGCCUCCACUGGAACCAGCUGGAGCCCCAUGUGCUGCUGCUGAGGCUCCAGGGGACCCUGAGCCACCUCCCAGCACCCCCAGGACUCCCACCCCUGAUCUCCCAGAGUCGCUGGCCCAACCUAGCAUGGAAGGCCAGGUGGCCAACAAGCUCCUGCCGGGCUCCACAGAGCCUCCUGCUGCCCAUUCCCCCACCAAAGGCCCCUCCAACAAAAAUAGAGCAGACCUGGCUGGACCCCAACCCUGUCAGCGUUCUCUGUCUGUGCUCAGCCCCCAACGGCCCGCCCAGAGUCAAGAGUCCACCCCACUUGGCAGUGGACCUUCCCCGUUCCAUCGGGCUGGCUCUGUGCGGGACCGUGUCCGCAAGUUCGCAUCCGAUUCUCCUACGGCUGCCAGGCUUCAGGAUGGGCCAACCCGAGCAGCCCUUGGUUCCCUGACCCCCACAAGACUUCUGGGCCCCUCCCUCAUCAGCACCACCUCUGCCUCCUCCUCCAGGAGCUCCUCCUCUCGGGGGCCCAGUGACACCUCCUCCGAGUUCAACAAGGAGCAAAGAGGAACAGCUCGGCCCCUGGCCCAGCUUCAGAGCUGCCCCCAAGAGGAGGGCCCCAGAGGGCGGGGCUUGGCUGCCAGGUCCCUUGAAAACAGAGCGGGGGAGCCCGUGGCCUGCUCAGAGGAUCCCAGUGCCCCGCUGCCUGUGGCUGUGGGCACUGCUGAGCCAGGGGGCAGUAUGAAGACCACGUUCACCAUCGAGAUCAAGGAUGGCCGUGGCCAGGCUUCCACGGGCCGAGUGCUACUACCCACAAGCAACCAGAGGGCAGAACUGACACUGGGGCUGCGGACACCCCCCACCCUCCUCAGCACCAGCAGUGGGAACAAGAGCACCAUCACCCAUGUCAACAACCCUGGGACCCUCACCCGGAUGGGCAGUGUCACUCACGUCACCACCUUCAGCCAUGCCUCCCCUGGUAGCCGAGGAGGCUGCAGCGUUAAGAUGGAGCCAGAGCCAGCGGAGCCUCCCUCUACAGCAGUGGAAGCCGCUAAUGGUGCAGAGCAGACCCAGGCGGACAAAGCACCACAGGGGCAGAGCCCGCUGAGCACUGAGGAGCUGAUGGCCAUAGAGGAUGAAGGGGUCUUGGACAAGAUGCUGGAUCAGAGCACAGACUUUGAGGAGCGGAAGCGAAUCCGGGCUGCACUCCGUGAGCUCAGACAAAGGAAGAGAGACCAGCGGGACAAGGAACGGGAACGGCGACUGCAGGAGGCACGAGCCCGGCCAGGGGAGAGGCGAAGCAACACGUCCACCGAGACCACCACAAGGCACAGCCAGAGGGCGGCUGAUGGCUCCGCCGUCAGCACUGUGACCAAGACCGAGCGGCUCGUCCAGUCCAAUGAUGGUACACGGACAGCCCGCACCACCACAGUGGAGUCAAGUUUUGUGAGGCGCUCGGAGAAUGGCAGUGGCAGCACUACAGUGCAAACCAAGACCUUCUCCUCUUCCUCUUCCUCAUCUAAGAAAAUGGGCAGCAUCUUUGACCGAGAGGACCAGGCCAGCCCGCGGCCUGGGAGCCUGGCAGCACUUGAAAAACGCCAGGCAGAGAAAAAGAAAGAACUGAUGAAGGCGCAGAGUCUGCCCAAGACCUCAGCAUCCCAAGCACGCAAGGCCAUGAUUGAGAAGCUGGAGAAAGAGGGCGCCUCGGGCCCUGGUGGACCUCGCACAGCUGUGCAGCGCUCCACCAGCUUCGGGGUUCCCAAUGCCAACAGCAUCAAGCAGAUGUUGCUGGACUGGUGCCGAGCCAAGACACGCGGCUACGAGCAUGUGGACAUCCAGAACUUCUCCUCCAGCUGGAGUGAUGGGAUGGCUUUCUGUGCCCUGGUACACAACUUCUUCCCCGAGGCCUUUGACUAUGGGCAGCUUAGCCCACAGAACCGGCGCCAGAACUUCGAAGUGGCCUUCUCAUCUGCUGAGAUGUUGGUGGAUUGCGUGCCCCUGGUGGAGGUGGAGGACAUGAUGAUCAUGGGCAAGAAGCCCGACCCCAAGUGCGUCUUCACCUAUGUGCAGUCGCUCUACAACCACCUGCGGCGGCACGAGCUGCGCCUGCGCGGCAAGGAUGUCUAGCCUCCCCCACACAUCGCCCGCAGCAGGGUGCCACCCCCACCUCCCCGCACAGUCCCCUCCCUGUGCGCCUGCCCACGGCUGCCCUGUCUGUCGCGACACCCUCCCCCGCAUACACUCGCAGCGUUUUUGAUAAAUUAUUGGUUUUCAACGAUCCUAA